AUGGACACUCUAGAACUUCAAGGCGAAGAGAAGUUAAUCGAAGUCAGCCACCUGCUCAAGACUCUUCGGUCAGACUUGGACCAGAAGUCCCUUCAGACGUCCCAGCUGAUCGAGACCCUACAAAAACUUCGAGUCCACGGUCGAAAGCUGGAAAAUGCAGACCCCAUAUACGAAAAGGAGGGUAUAGCGACCCUGUCUACGUACGGGUUCGACGAACCAGAUGCGAUCAUAUACCGGGAAGCCUUACGAUGUCUAGCGAAUGCGUUACUGCUCGAGAAGGCCACACGCCAACGGUUUGUCGACCUAGGAAAUGGAAGGAAAGCGGCAGAGAAGCUCAAGGAAGAGAACUCGGACGAUGAAUUUUUAUGCUCACGACUACUAUUCCUAACGACUUACGAUUCAGAUCUGGAUUUUGACAAGUUGUUCAGCGAGUGUUCUCUGGGAGAGAGCAUCAAUAACCAUAUAUAUCGACAUUCCAAGCAGUUCUCCAAGGGAAAAAAGAAGAAGCUUACUCCUAUCGAUGAACUUGCUCUCUCAGAGACCCUCAAGUUGAUGUUUAAUAUUACAAACUACUACCCUCAUCAAGUUGCAGCAUUCUCGCCGUCAAUACCCCACAUACUCAAAAUCUUAAGUCGCAUUGAGAUACCAACUCCACCGCUGCAGGCUCCAGUCAACUAUCUGGUCAACUCAUUGCUGAAUUUAGAUCUCGCGGCGGAGAAAAGCAAGCCAUUCAGCACUAAUCCACUCUUCCCAAAAUUUGACCAGAACUGCAAUGUGGAUAAACUGAUUAAUAUCCUUGACCAGGCGGUAGCCAUGCAUAAGCCAUCCGAUCUAGAGACUCUCGCUGUUCCACUACUCACUCUCCUGAGGAAGAUAUACUCAUUCGCCCCGGAAGGCCCGAGAAAAUACAUGGAAUGGCUUCUGCUUCCUGAAGAUAACGACCGUGAUCUACCUAUAGGGCAAUCCAAUACACUCUCAUCCCGCUUACUACGGUUAUCAACAUCUCCCGUAGCGCCUAGCCUGCGAGACGGCAUUUCGGCACUCAUGUUCGAGUUAUCCGGAAGCAAUGCCAGUGAAUUUGUGAGGAAUGUAGGGUACGGUUUUGCUGCCGGCUUCCUCAUGUCCCAUGAUAUGGCUAUCCCUGAAAGUGCAAAGGAAGCCUACAGCUCAAAGGGUAACAAGGAAUUUAAUUCGGCCAUUAAUCCGAUUACUGGUCAACGUUUCGAUGCUGAGCCUGUAGACAAUGGGCCCGAGAUGACUGAGGAAGAGAAGGAGCGAGAAGCUGAGAGACUCUUUGUGCUUUUUGAGAGGUACUGUCUCCUAGAUUCCAACACUCUUUGA